AGAACUCCCUUUAUUCGAAAUGGGAGGAUCUCAAAUUGAGGCAUUAUAAAUGUGAGCCGAGUUCAACAUUUAGGCAGUAUUUGUUGCUGGAAGAAGCAAGCCAAGCAGCCAGAACCUUUUAAGACAACAACAGCAAGAUGUUCGAUACAGACGUUGUACUUGAAGCUUUGAGCGCGAUCUGCCAUGACGGAGUAACUUCAGCUCAAAGACGAAGAUCAGAAGAUGGACCGACAGGCAGCGUUCCUGACGGAGCAGCCCAGCUUCUCCAUCCACUGCAGAUGCUGCAGAUGUCCAUGACGGAGCCAACCAUCCAUGACCUCAUCCCUAUAGCCCUGUGUGGUGAUACAACCUGUCUCAGCUGCUCGGCUGCAGUCUCCUCAGAGUACCAAGUUGUGCAGCAGUUUUCCUGCUUGUUGGACUUAUCAGAAGACAUCCGUGAAGCUAAUAAAGGAGGUAUUACCAUCGAGCCCAAUUACCAAUGGUCCAAGGAACACUUGGACCCGAAAUUCAACUAUGACUUCACCAAUUUGAGAGACACUGAGGAAUAUUACAGAGGUGGGGAGAAGUACAAACGCCCGUGUGGUUGGCAGCGUUUUGCCCUCAAGGUCCUGAAUGAGUUUGGUGACAACACCUGGCUGGGAAACCCAGGCCGCAGCACCAAGUCAGUGCCGGGGGAGUGGCCUGUGUCCUACCAUGGGACACAAGAGAAAUUUGUGAAAGCCAUCAUCGAAGAAAGCUACAAGAAAGGCACCCGUGAGGCUUAUGGCCCGGGGAUUUAUUCUACUCCAAACAUCGACGAAGCAGAGAGAUACGCCCAUAAAUUCACCUCCAAGAGCACGGGCAAGAAGUACAAAGCGGUUCUGCAGAAUCGCAUCAACCCCAAGAUCCGGAAGAUUUGUGCCCGCGAAGACUACUGGCUGGUUCCCAUUGAUGAAGGAACAUCAAAGGAAAAGGAAAAGGAGAUAGUCAACAAGGCCAUCCGUCCUUAUGGCCUUCUGUUGAAAGAGAUGUGAUCACUUAUUUGUUUCCUUGACGUUUCACCCUGUUUUUAUAGCAUCAAAAAACAAAUAGAAAUAGUGAUCAGAUGCAGCACACUCUCUAUGAAUAUAAUAAUGCCUCAUUUGCAUGUAUAGAUGAAUAUCUUCCUGCACUGAAAUUCCUUCUUCCUUUGUUCCAUUCUUCAAUAAGCCAUACUACAUUUAAUAAACAGAAUUUUAAACAAA